AUAUCUGAUACUUUUCAUGGAGUAGAAAUGAAAGACGUUUAUCGAUGGCUAGAAGAUCCAGAUUCUGCCGAAACUCAGCAAUUUGUCAAUGAGGAAAAUAAAAUAAGUCAGCCUUUUUUGGACUGCGACGAAAGGAAAAGCAUUUAUGAGAAGUUACUAAAACUAUGGAAUUAUGAGAAAUACGGAUGUCCGAUGAAGCAUGGAAAUUAUUAUUACUUUAAUAAGAAUAGCGGAUUGCAAAACCAAAGCCAACCGGAAGUAUCCGACUGCGGUAAAUAUCUAAUAAUACCGAUUGUAAAAGAUUGCCGCGACAAUAUUUUGUAUUAUUCCGAACUGGAUACAACAAGUACGAUGCCUUCCAAACAAAAAAUGCAUAAAAUUAUUGAAAAAUUGGAAGCAGACUACGAUUAUAUAACAAAUAUUGGAUCCAAAGUGUAUUUACGUACAAAUAAAAAUGCACCAAAUUAUCGAGUCAUUGUUAUUGAUUUUGAAAACCAUUCUGAAAGUAAUUGGAUAACUUUGAUACCGAAAAAUCAGAAAUUUUUACGGGCUUGUCUUCGAAGUUUGAUAGUCAGUCGGAUAAAUAUGUUGAACACUCCAAAAGAGGAAAGUAGCUUCUAGAGUUUCGGAAGGAGACCAAUGAAAAA